AAACCUCUUAACAAGAGUUGUAGUCCCAUCGUCAAUCGAAAAAGGCGUCGUCGCUUUAUCGUGAACGGAUUAACGAAAUAUAUCUCUGGAAAUAAGUGGUGUUUGUUUUAUUUUCGAAUAAGAUGGGAACGCUGACCGAUUUUGGACAGAUUGCUCUGAAAUGGGAUCCGAAAAAUUUGGAAAUUCGUACAAUGUCAGUUGAAAAAACACUUGAGCCUCUAGUACUACAAGUUACAACUCUUGUAAAUACCAAAGGGCCGAGCAAGAAGAAGAAAGGAAAAUCGAAGCGUGCCAGUGCAUUAGUUGCAGCUGUUGAAAAGGCAACCGAAAAUUUUAUUCAAAAAGGUGAACAGAUUGCGUAUGAGAACCCAGAUAUCACACAAGAAAUGUUAACCGCUGUGGAUGAAGUAAAAAAAACGGGAGAUGCUAUGAGCAUUGCAGCUAGAGAAUUUUCUGAAGAUCCAUGCAGCUCGCUGAAGAGAGGCAAUAUGGUGCGGGCAGCUAGAAAUCUGUUGUCAGCUGUUACCCGUUUAUUAAUUUUAGCUGACAUGGUAGAUGUUCAUUUGCUUCUGAAAUCGCUCCAUAUUGUUGAGGAUGAUUUAAACAAACUAAAAAAUGCAUCGAGUCAGGACGAGCUUAUGGAUAAUAUGAAGACUUCAACUUGAGACGAUAUCGUGAGGACGGGGAGACAACUUUUU